AUGUUCAGACAACUCACAAACAGAGUCGUAUUAAUUACUGGAGCAUCAUCAGGCAUCGGUGAGUCAUGUGCUAGAUUGUUCCAUCAACAGGGUAACCAUGUCAUCUUGUUGGGACGAAGAAUCGAGAGAUUGAAUGAGAUCAAGUCACAGAUGGAGAAGACAGAGUCAAAGUCACAGGUGGUCACCAUUGAGUGUGAUGUCUCAUGUCAAGAGUCUGUCAACAAGAUGGUCGAGAGCAUCCCAACCAACCUCAAAGACAUUGACAUCCUCAUCAACAAUGCUGGUCUGGCACUCGGUGUCGACCCAGUCUCACAAGUGUCAAUGGACGACGUUGACAAGAUGUUCGAUACCAAUGUCAAGGGUGUGUUCAAGAUCACCAGAGCAUUGUUGAAUGGAAUGAUCCAGCGCAACAGAGGACACAUAUUCAAUGUGAGCAGCAUUGCAGGCCAUCAGUGGUACGUCAACGGCAGCAUCUAUUGUGCCACCAAGGCCGCUGUCAAUGCCUUCUCUGAUGUGCUGAGGAAGGAGGUCGUUGCCACCAAGAUCAGAGUGACCAACGUCUGCCCCGGUCUCGUCGAGACCGAGUUCUCACUGGUGCGCUUUGCAGGCGAUCAAGAGAAGGCCAAGAAGCCCUACAUUGGCAUCGAGCCACUCGUACCCGAUGACAUUGCCGAUAACAUCUUCUACUGUGCAUCCAGACCUGAGCACGUUCAGAUCACCACCAUCGAGACGAUGGCCAACAAUCAAGCUGCCACCACUGUUAUCCACAGGACCUAA